CUUCCGUUUGUCCGUCACUAACGCCUCACGCAAAAAAAGCUGACGUACACGGGAAAAAGAUUAGGAAUUUUCGACGGAGACGAGCGCCCGAUCCGAUCAAUUGACUUCCCCGCCCCCGGAUCAAAGCCACAUAUAUCGGAUCGUCCUGUCCAGGAUUCCCAGGAUCCCAGGAAUGAGAGCUCUCGGGACUAAAAACAGCGGAUAAGUGUUAGCCAGCGUGUGCGUGUGUGUGUGCGUGUGCAAAGCUGGAAAAUUGUUGCUGCGCAGCGGAGGAUUUAUAGAACAUAUAGCAGGCAGAAUUGGCAUGACGAAGAUAAAGACAAAGCUAAAGCUAAAGACAGAGGCAUAAGGCACAAGGCUUAAACCACAAUCGGAGGCCCCACAACCGAAUUCAGUGCCUUUGCAGCAGCAGCAGCAACAAGGUGUGUGUGUGCGUGUGUGUUGCCUGCGCAGUGUGUUGUUGUUGCAGUUGCGUCGUGACACAACAGUAACAAAAUAUUGAGCCGCCGAGCAAAACACAUGAUGUGGUCGUUCUUCUCGCGCGACUCCUCGAAAGACUUUCCCUACGACAUUGGCGAACCCGUGGGCGGCUUUGAUCAGUACUCCAUAUGGACACUGCACAAGGCCAAGCGCAAGACGACGCUGGAGGAGGUGUCCGUGUUCGUCUACGACAUCCGCAGCGGAUCCGAUACCAAAUGCGAACUGGCCAAGGCAUCGCUGAAGAGGCUGAAGACAUUGCGUCACCCCAGCAUCCUGCAAUACCUGGACUCCCUGGAAACGGACAAGAUGCUGUAUGUGGCCACCGAGGCGGUGGAUCCGCUGGGCAGCUAUUUCGCCAAGCUGGGCAGCGACAACGUGCAGAAGGGCCUCUACCUGGCAUGGGGCAUCUUCCAGAUCACACGCGCCUUGUCCUUUCUCAACAACGAUGGCAAUCUGCGGCACAACAAUGUCUCAGCUUGGUCGGUGUUCGUCAAUGCCUCGGGCGAGUGGAAGCUGGGCAGCCUGGAGUAUGUCUCAGCGGCUGAUGGCAAUCCUAUGCCGCCCGCCAAGAUUCCAGUGACCCUGGAGGUCUACGAUUCCCCAGAGAAAAACGAUCAGAGCAAGCUCAAGGCGGCCACUAAAUGUUCCGUGGACAUGUGGGGGCUGGGCUGUCUGGUAUGGGAGGCCUUCAAUGGCGUGCUCAAGCAACGCUCCAACCUGAAGGACAUAGAACACAUACCCAAAUCCCUGCAAUCGCUCUACUGCGAGCUAGUGGGAGCCUCACCUUCUAAUCGCCCCAAUCCGGCGGAUAUAAUCACACGGUGCCGCAAGCCGGGAGGCUUUUUCAAGAAUGAUUUGGUGGACACACUGCUUUUCCUGGAGGAAAUCCAAAUCAAGGACAAGGCAGAGAAGAAUCGCUUUUUCAGUGGACUGACCACGCAUCUGGACAACUUUCCGGACAAUGUGUGCAGGCACAAGAUACUUCCACAGCUGAUAACAGCCUACGAGUACGGAGAUGCGGGCUCGGCAGUGCUGGCACCCAUGUUUAAGCUGGGCAAACUGCUGGACGAGGUGGAGUACCAGAAACGCAUUGUGCCCUGUGUGGUCAAGUUGUUCGCUUCAACGGAUCGUGUGACGCGAUCGCGCCUGCUGCAGCAGCUGGAUCUGUUCAUCGCCCAUUUGCAGCCACAGGUGGUCAACGAUCAGAUUUUUCCCCAGGUUGCUCACGGCUUUCUGGACACCAAUGCCACUAUACGCGAGCAAACGGUCAAGUCGAUCAUCCAUUUGGCGCCCAAGCUCAACUACAACAAUCUGAACGUGGAGGUGCUGCGUCACUUUGCCAGGCUGCAGGCGCGGGAUGACCAAGGCGGCAUUCGCACUAACACGACGGUGUGUCUGGGCAAGAUUGCGCCGCACUUGCAUCCGCAGGUGCGUCAACGCGUGCUGGUCUCCGCCUUCAUUCGCGCCAUGCGGGAUCCCUUUCCGCCGGCCCGAGUCGCCGGAGUUUUGGCCCUUGCCGCCACCCAGCAGUACUUUUUGCUCAGCGAAGUGGCCAACCGCGUGCUGCCGUCUCUGUGUUCCCUCAGCGUCGAUCCGGAGAAGACGGUGCGCGAUCCGGCUUUCAAAACCAUUCGCGGCUUCCUGGGCAAACUGGAGAAGGUCUCCGAGGAUCCCAGUUUGCGAGAAACGAUGGAGGCGGAUGUUCACACGGCCACGCCCUCAAUUGGCAACGCGGCGGCCACCUGGGCGGGAUGGGCGGUGACGGCCGUUACAGCCAAGUUCUAUCGCAGCCAAAGUGAUUCGUCUCGACCAAGACCGCCUUUAACUGGACGCAAUCUGUCCAAGCCAGCGUCGCUUGAGCAACCAUCGAGCAGCAGUUUAUCGACCACCACGAGCAGUGUUACCUCAAUGACGUCGCUGGAGCAUGAAAGCAAUGACACCUCCGCCUCGGCCUCUGAUUAUGGCAACAACGAUUGGGACAACGAAAACUGGGGCGAAAUGGAUACGUCUCAGGAUCCCAGCAGUCCGCUGGCAGCCAGCUCCAACAAUGGCGCCUUGAUGGCUGCCAAUGCCUUGAGUGAAGUGCGCGAUGGCUGGGACAACGAGGAGUGGGGAAGUCUUGAAGAGGAUCCGUGCGAGGAGGAAGAGCAGGCGGAGCAGGAGCAGCAGCAACAGCAGCUGGCCAGACAAUCUAUAUCAUCCACCACGUCAUCCAGUCAGCAGCAUCAGCGGCCGCUGCUGCCGCAUCAGCAACAGCAUCCCCAUCAGCAGCAGCUGCAGCAGCACGAACUCAACGACCUGAUCGAGCCGCUGGCCAGGCUCAACUCUCACGUCACCUCGCCGUCGAAGCAAUCGAUGCUGCGGCCAAAGGAGCUGCCCAAUCUAUCCAGCAGCAACACGUCGCCCACGUCGGCCACUGCCAAUUGUAAUAACAUUAGCCCGCCUUCGUCGCAUUUAAAUAAUUCGACGCAUAAUGCCAAUUGGAAUAGCGAUUCGUGGGCAGACGGGGAAUUUGAGCCACUGGAUGAAUCAGGAUUUGGAAAUGCCAAACUGGAUGAGGCGCGUCGCAAGCGUGAGGAGAAGAAGUUGCAGCGACAGCGGGAAUUGGAGGCGCGGCGGGCCCAGCGGGCGAGCGGUCCCAUGAAGCUGGGCGCCAAAAAGCUUUAAAAGUAAUCAGCGGAUAACAGCAUCGAGUGUUAUUUGGCUGUUAUUUUGCAUCGUACAUCUAAGCCCAAAGUGUAUUUUGUAUAUUUCUGUGCGUGUAUGUGUAUGUGUCUUUGUCCCGCUCCCAAUUGUCCCGCUCUGGGUGCGCUUUUUUGUUGAUUUUUGGGUACCAGUUUGCAUAAAAUGCAAUCUCAGUGUCUCGAGCCUCCAUUUCGAUUCCGUAACAUAGCCAUAUUGUACUUCUAAUGCUGGCACGAUAUUAGCUAAUAUAAAUUUAGCGUCUCUAACGAAAUUUCAAAUGUAAAGCACUGUAAUUAAAACCUGUAAUUUAUAUUUAUAAAACCAAAAACAAAUGACAAAGCAACCAACCAGUAGUUAGUAAAUUACUUCAAAUUUAUACUUUUAUUAAUCGAAUCUAGUAAGAGUAUCGAUGAUAGGGUAUCCUAGAUGUCUGACUAACUAAAUGGAUCCUUGAGCGUGAUUGUCAGGCCACAAGGUAGCUGCAAAUUUGAGAAUCGGGGGAUAAUCGAUAUCAGUGAGUGGAAAUAAGGUCUUUCCCAUCCUACUAUCAAUUGAGCGAAUGGGUGUGUGCGUGUGUGUGAUUUCAAAAUUAAUAUUAGUCACCCCUUUCCAAUGCUAAAAACUUGAUGGAUUCCCAUACUCGAUUUUCUAGACGCGCUGAAGGGAAAAAUAAAUAUUUAAAAAAUCUAAACGUAUUUUUGCGAAUGGAGCGUAACCAAAAUUGUGAAUUUUAAUACAUAAAUAAUAACGAAUAUUUUUAUAUAGUUCAUAAUAAACGAAAACGAAUUAUAUAGAACCAACAAAUAGAAACAACAGAAAUCAAGAACAGCAAGCAAUUAUAGAAGGAAACAAUUUUAAAGCUUUUCAGAGAUACAUUUAAUUGUAGUAGAAUUGCACUUGUUAUAUAGAUGUCCUAGGUUGCCAUAAAAACGAACGAUCAGGAAUGAGUUUUCCUCUCGGUUUAUUUGCCAUAUUCCGUUGAACAUUUUCGAAUUUUACCCAAUUAAGAACAGCACCAAACGCAAGGCCAUUUUUUGCAUGUCAAACUAGUAGCGUUACCUAAGCGUAAACAUACAAUUUUUGAAUGUCCUGUACAUACAUAUAGAUACAGAUAUACAUAUACCUAACAUAUAUGCCGAUUUUUUCCAAUACCUCAAUAUCAGUGUACAAUUUUUCCAUAAUAUAUUUUUGAAAUACAAACGAAACUAAUAACCCGAAACAAA